AUGGAUUUCGUUUCCCGCUUGGUGCGAUAUGGUUUUGUGGUGCUAUUUGCACUUGCCAUCGAAUCGUCGGCCGAUUUGAAUUAUGACAAAGAGCUGCAGGAAGUGAAAAUGUACUUCGUUUCACCAGCAUUACAGGAUGAGAUGGAAGCGGAAUCAUUUGUACCGUACCAAGAAUUUGAUGUACGCAAAGAGCUGAAGGUGUUAAUCCAUGGUUGGAUUUCCGAUCGAACCAAUAACUCGAUAACUCCCGUUCGGACGGCUUAUCUGGCGCAGGAUGCACACAACUUGCUGGUAGUCGAUUGGUCAACAAUUUCCUUCCUGUCAUAUGGAACUGCCCGCGAUUUAGUUCUACCAGUCGCGAAUAUCGUUGGGAAUAGUUUAGCAAAUUUCAUACAACGAUUAGGCAUCGAACUCAGUCAGGUGCACGUAAUUGGCCAUAGUCUCGGUGCGCACAUUGCGGGCAAUGUGGGACGUCAUUUUGGUGGACAGCUAAGGCGUGUGACGGCACUUGAUCCGGCGAAACCAAAGUUUAAGCCCGAAUCGAAUGAUGCUGUUGGACCCGAUGUUGCACAGUUUGUUGACGUUAUCCAUACUGACGGGCUUACGCUGGGUGAGGACAUUGUAAGGGGACAUGUCGAUUUUUUCCCAAACGGUGGCAUAGCACCGCAACCCGGUUGUGAAGUUCUCGACAUCAUCACACUACAUGGGUGCAGUCACUUCCGUGCACCCGCAUUCUUUGCGGAAUCGAUUCAGCUUCCGAACAACUUUAUUGCCUGCGCUUGCAGCCGGGAAGAAAUUUACAGAAAGGACGAGAUCUGCCUACCGGAUGCUCGUGAAACAUCCUUGCGUGAGUGUGUUGCAAUGGGAGAAUCAUUAGACCCUGGUGUUCGAGGAACGUUUUAUGUCCAUACAGCGAGUGCGCCUCCGUACGGGCUUGGCUAUAACACGAAGAGUGAGCCCAGCAUCUAA